AUGGGUCUGAAAAGAAAAGCUUCAAGGAUUAACUCUAUGGAAAUGGGAUCUGAUGAAGCUUUUGAUCAGUUGCUACAACCUGAAUAUAAAGGUAAAGGAUUGACUGAUCAAAUCAACACAGCUGAUGACAAAUGGAAUUUGUUACCAGCGUUUUUGAAGGUAAAGGGGUUGGUAAAACAACAUCUUGAUUCGUUCAAUUACUUCGUUGAUGUUGAUUUAAAGAAGAUCAUUAAGGCCAAUGAAUUAGUCUUGUCUGAUGUUGAUCCAGAGUUUUAUUUGAAAUAUCUCGAUAUUAGAAUAGGUCAUAAAUCAACGUCUCCUCCAGGAACCAAAGAAGUGAUAUUACCGCCACAUGAAUGCCGUUUGCGUGACUUGACUUAUUCUGCACCUAUAUAUGUUGAUGUGGAAUAUACAAGGGGCCGCAAGAUUAUUAUGCAUAAAGACCUUGAAAUCGGUAGGAUGCCGAUUAUGUUGCGUUCCAACAAGUGUAUUUUAGAUGGAAUUGAUGAGCAACAAAUGGCACGUUUUGAUGAAUGCCCGUUGGAUCCCGGUGGAUACUUUAUUGUCAACGGGACGGAGAAGGUUAUUUUGGUUCAAGAACAAUUAUCCAAGAACAGAAUUAUUGUAGAAGCUGACGAGAAGAAGAAUAUAGUUCAAGCAUCUGUCACUUCUUCUACCCAUGAACGUAAAUCCAAAACCUACGUUAUAACUAAGAACGAUAAUAUCUAUUUGAAGCAUAACUCUAUUAGUGAAGAUAUUCCUAUCGUUAUUAUAUUGAAAGCUGCAGGUAUUACUUCAGAUUUGGAAAUUUUACAGUUGGUUUGUGGUCAAGACCCUCAGUAUCAAGAUUUAUUUGUAGUCAAUUUUGAAGAGGCGGCAAAAUUGGAGAUCUUCACUCAACAACAGGCGUUGAACUAUGUUGGUAAGAGAGUUAAGACUAUAAGAAGAGCAGGUGCCCCUAAACUAUCUCAAAUGCAAGAAGGUAUUGAAGCAAUUGCAACUACUAUUAUUGCUCAUUUAACUGUAUCUGACUUACAGUUCCGUGAAAAAGCGUUAUAUAUUGCGGCAAUGGCAAGACGUGUUUUGAUGACUAUGCAUAAUCCAAAAAUGGUCGAUGAUAGAGAUUAUGUCGGUAAUAAGAGAUUAGAAUUGGCAGGUCAGUUGAUGUCUUUAUUAUUUGAAGAUUUAUUUAAGAAGUUUAAUUCUGAUUUCAAAGCUAAUAUUGACAAGAUCUUGAAAAAGCCAAGCCGUGCUCUGGAGUUUGAUGCAUUAUUAUCUAUAAACAUUCAUUCUAAUAAUAUAACCAUGGGUUUGAAUAGAGCUAUAUCUACCGGUAAUUGGUCUUUGAAACGUUUCAAGAUGGAAAGAGCUGGUGUUACCCAUGUUUUAUCAAGAUUGUCAUAUAUUUCUGCCUUAGGUAUGAUGACUCGUAUCUCUUCCCAAUUCGAAAAGUCACGUAAAGUUUCUGGUCCAAGAGCUUUACAACCAUCUCAAUUCGGUAUGUUAUGUACUGCAGAUACACCCGAAGGUGAAGCCUGUGGGUUGGUUAAGAAUUUAGCAUUGAUGACGCACAUUACAAGUGACGAUGAGGAAUUACCUAUCAAAAAGUUAUGUUACGUAUUAGGUUGCGAAGAUAUACUCGGUAUCGAUUCGGCGACUUUAUACGCAGAUGGUAAUUUUGGUGUUUGUGUUAACGGUACUUUAAUUGGAUGCACUAGAUUCCCUGUGAAGUUUGUUCUGGACUUCCGUAACUUAAGAAGAUCCGGUAAAGUAUCAGCAUUUAUUUCUAUCUACACCAACUCGCAUCAAAAGGCUGUGCAUAUUGCAACUGACGGUGGUAGAAUUUGUAGACCAUUAAUCAUCAUAGGCGAGAAGAACAAAUCGAAAGUCAAUGAGCAUCAUUUAGCAAAGCUAUUAUCAGGUAAGUGGGCAUUCGAUGACUUUUUAAAGGAUGGAUUAGUUGAAUAUUUGGACGUGAAUGAGGAGAAUGAUUCUUUAAUUGCCUUAUAUGAACAUGAUUUGGUAGAACACUCUUAUCAAACCUUCACACAUAUGGAAAUUGAACCAUUCACUGUAUUGGGUGCAGUUGCAGGCUUAAUCCCAUAUCCACAUCAUAAUCAAUCGCCAAGAAAUACAUAUCAAUGUGCUAUGGGUAAGCAAGCGAUUGGUGUCAUCGGUUAUAAUCAAUUUAGAAGAAUUGAUACUUUAUUAUACUUAAUGGUAUACCCUCAACAACCAAUGGUUAAGACUAAGACUAUUGAAUUGAUCGACUACGAUAAAUUGCCUGCCGGACAAAAUGCUGUUGUUGCUGUUAUGUCUUAUUCAGGUUACGAUAUUGAAGAUGCCUUGGUUUUAAAUAAAUCUUCUAUAGAUCGAGGUUUUGGUCGUUGUCAAGUUUUACGUAAGAAUACCAUCACAUUAAAAAGAUACCCAAAUCAUACUAAAGAUUUGGUGUCUGGUAUGAGGGUGGACGAAAAUGGUGAGCCUAUAUUCCCACAUGCAGCAUUAGGGCCAGAUGGCUUAGGUGAAGUUGGGAUGAAGGUAGAGAAUGGUCAGGUUUAUGUUAAUAAAUGUGUUCCUAAUAAUGCCGGUGAAUCCGUUUUGGGGUCUAAUGAUCAACAGCAUAAUCAACAGCAAACAGCUGAAAGCCAUAGAGAAGUUCCAGCAUUUUAUAAGGCACCUGAACCUGCAUAUGUCGAUCAAGUCAUGAUGUCCGUAAGUGAUAAUGACCAAGCUUUAAUUAAAGUCUUGUUGAGACAAACUAGAAGACCUGAAUUAGGUGAUAAGUUCUCCUCUAGACAUGGACAAAAGGGUGUUUGUGGUAUCAUCGUUCAACAAGAGGACUUACCUUUCAAUGAUGACGGUAUCUCGCCGGAUAUCAUUAUGAACCCACAUGGGUUCCCAUCUCGUAUGACGGUUGGUAAGAUGAUUGAAUUGAUCUCUGGUAAGGCCGGUGUAUUGAAUGGUUCAUUGGAAUAUGGUACAUGUUUCGGUGGAUCAAAAUUAGAAGAAAUGUCAAGAACAUUAGUUGAUAAGGGGUUCAGCUACUCUGGUAAAGACAUGUUAUAUUCUGGUAUUACCGGUGAAUGUCUUCAAGCAUAUAUUUUCUUUGGUCCUAUCUAUUAUCAAAAAUUAAAGCAUAUGGUUUUAGAUAAGAUGCAUGCAAGAGCAAGGGGUCCAAGGGCCGUAUUGACAAGGCAGCCUACAGAAGGUAGGUCAAGAGAUGGUGGUUUGAGAUUGGGUGAAAUGGAAAGAGAUUGUGUUAUUGCUUAUGGUGCGUCACAGUUAUUAUUGGAAAGAUUAAUGUUAUCGUCUGAUGCAUUUGAAGUCGAUAUUUGCAAUCAAUGUGGUUUAAUGGGUUACAAUAGUUGGUGUACUAGUUGUAAAAGCUCAGAAUACAUCAUCAAGAUGACAAUUCCUUAUGCUGCUAAAUUGUUGUUCCAAGAGUUAUUGUCUAUGAAUAUCGCACCAAGAUUGAAAUUAGGUGAUGUAUUUUAA